CGUGUGUGUGUGUGUGUGUGUGGAUGGGCGGGUGUCAUGAUGAAUAGGCCACAGCCAACAGACAGUAGCAGGGUACAGCCCCUGAGAGUUAAUGAGGUCGCUUCCUGAACAUUAAAAAACGAAAGUCACAGAGAGAAACAGGUGCACAUGGUAACGGAGACCGACGGGACAGCAACGCAGAAACAGCGCAGGCAGCAUGACCCAGUGGAAGCAGAUUCAGCAGCUGGAGAUCAGACUCCUGGAACAUGUGGACUACCUGUACGAUGACAACUUCCCCAUGGACAUCCGCCAGGGGCUGUCCAGCUGGAUCGCUCAGGAUUGGGACAUCGCGGCCAACGAUGAGUCCAUGGCGGCGGUGCUGUUCACCAACCUGCUGUCCCAGUUGGACAGGGUGCGCUCGCAGGAGCAGAACUUCCUACAAAGACACAACAUGAAAAUCAUCCAACAGCAGCUGCAGGUGAAAUACGCAGCAAACCCUGCUGUCAUGGCCAGGGUUAUCUCCACGUGCCUGAGGGAAGAGCGGCGUAUCCUCUCCAGCGCCUGCAUGCAGGAACAGGGUCCACUGGAGAAAUCCUUGCAGAAUUCGGUGGCCUUCGAGCGGCAGAAGACCAUGGACACUAGAGUCGGGAACAUCAGGGCCAGCGUGCAGUUGAUGGACCAGGCUGUGAAAUUCAUCGAGGACAUACAGGAUGACUUUGAUUUCCGCUACAAAACCCUUCAGUCUCGAGGAGAUCUUGUCAAAGAUGGAUGUCGUGAUUAAGGAGAUCGACGACCUGAUGACGUCGCAGCUCAGCCCCGAGCUGCAGGACUGGAAGCGCCGGCAGCAGAUCGCCGCCAUCGGGGGGCCGCUGCUCACGGGCCUGGACCAGCUGCAGAGUUGUUACACUCUGAUCCCCCAGAGUCUCUUCCAGAUCAAGCGUCAGCUGGACAAACUGGUGGCGUGGUUGUCAAGGUCACCGACGAAAGUGACCCCAUCCCUGCAAAGACCUCAGAUGGAGGAGCGGAUCAAAUACCUCAUCUCCACUCAUAAGAAGGUGUGCUUUGUUCUCAGCUCGUUUGUGGUGGAGAAGCAGCCGUGCAUGCCCACGCAUCCUCAGAAACCCCUCAUCAUCAAGACCGGAGUCCAGUUCACCACCAAAGUCAGACUCCUGGUUAAACUUCCAGAAGUGGAUUAUCAGUUGAAAGUGAAAACAACAUUUGACAAGGACCUCCCCCCUGGCAGAGUUCGUCAGUUCUUCAUCCUGACCAACAACACCAAGGUGAUGGACAUAGAGGACUACUCCAACGGCUGCCUCUCCGUGGAGUUCAGACACCUGCAGCUGAAAGAGAAGAAAUACAUCAACGGCACCAAGGGGAACGAGGGUCUCCUGUCUGUGACGGAGGAGCUCCACUACCUCAGCUUUGAGGCUUGCUUCACGGUGCAGGGCCUCACCAUUGAUCUGGAGACCUGCUCCCUGCCUCUGGUGGUCAUCUCCAACGUGAGCCAGCUGCCUGGAGGCUGGGCGUCCGUCAUGUGGUACAACCUUCUGACUGACGAGCCCAGGAACUUGGCGUUCUUUGGGAACCCCCCUCGGGCCACCUGGAGCCAGCUCUCUGAGGUCCUCAGCUGGCAGUUCUCCACCUUUGCGGGCCAAGGCCUCAACCGGGAGCAGCUCACCAUGCUGGGGGAGAAGCUCCUCGGUCAGCACGCCUCCUGUAGUGACUAUCAAGUGUCCUGGUCUAAGUUCUCAAAGGAGAAUAUUCCAGGAAAACCUUUCAGCUUCUGGAUGUGGCUGGACUCAAUUCUGGAGCUCAUCAAGAAGCAUCUGCUCCAGGUCUGGAAUGAGAACUUGAUCAUGGGCUUUGUGAGUAAAGAGAUGGAGCGCUGUCUGCUGAAGGACAGAUGGCCCGGCACCUUCCUCCUACGCUUCAGUGAGAGCCACCUGGGAGGAAUCACCUUCACCUGGGUGGAGCACAACGACAAUGGAGAGGUGAAGUUCAACUCUGUGGAGCCGUACACUAAAAACCGGCUCAGCGCGCUCCCAUUUGCGGACAUCAUACGAGACUACAAGGUGAUCUCAGACGGGGUCGUCCCAGAGAACCCGCUCAAGUUCCUGUACCCCGACAUCCCCAAAGACGAAGCCUUUGGACGGCUUUACAACAGCCAGCCGAGCAAAGUCCAUCCAUACAUCGCCUCCACCCUGAUCCCCAUCUCAGAACUACGCUCUCCUGCCAGCUCCACCCCCCUGUCCUGCCAGUCCCCCGAGCCCCCCAUGACUCCCGGGGAGUUUAACAUGCUCAACGAGCACCUGUGCUUUGACAUUGACACCAUGAGCUCUUCAUAUUCAGAGUGAAGCCAGAU